AUGAUUCCUCUGAUACUCUACGCAUCCGAAACAGGCAACGCCCAAGAUGUAGCCGAGCGAGUUUCCCGAUCGUUCAGAGCAGCAGGUCGGAAAAUCACUGUCCAAUCGAUGGAUACUUUCCCAAUAUCAUCCCUCAUACAUGUCCCGCUCUUGAUCCUUAUCACUUCCACUCACGGACGUGGUGACCCUCCACCGGCGAUGACGAGUUUGUGGAAGGCGCUACUGAGGUCGAAUCUGCCUGAGGAUAUAUUGGAAGAUGUGCAUUUUACGUUAUUUGGCUUAGGGGAUAGUUCGUAUGAGAGGUUCUGUUAUGCUGGAAAGAUAUUGGCUAGGAGGAUGGAAGGGCUCGGAGCAAACAAAUUGGCAGAGUAUGGAUGGGGUGAUGAGAGGAGUCCAAAUGGCAUAGAAGACGCUCUCAUACCUUGGCUAAAACAGACCCUAGAUACUUUCUUAUCUUACCUUCCUGUAUCUCCUGACUACUCUCCGAUAUCGUCGACAGAUCUACCGCUGCCCAUAUAUUCAUUGACGUCCAUUGCAAGUUCGUCUAAUUCGAAACGGAAACAGAAGGAAGAUGGGUUGGAUAUACCUUUAGAAGGAUUAUCGAUCUCAUCAUUACCCAACGGUCAUACUGCUUCUGAAGCACCUACGAGAGUGGCAGAUGUACUCCAUCAUGAGAGCAAUGGAGUGAUCAAGCCUGAUGAUUGGGUAUGGGCGACUUUGAGGAAGAAUAAAAGAGUCACCAAAGAGGAUUGGUGGCAGGAUGUGAGGGAGAUCGAGUUGGAGUUUGAGGAUGAGGAUGUGGAACCAUAUCUACCAGGAUCGAUAUGUUCACUCCAACCUCAAUCGGACCAAGCGGACGUUAAUACAUUUUUGGAAAUAAUGGAUCUGGAAUCUCAGGCGGAUAUACCGAUGCAAGUGGAAGCACUUCUGGAAGAACAACCUUUACCUCAGCAUCUCCCACCAUCCGAUAAACCAACCACUCUGCGUUCGUUAUUGACAAAUCAUCUCGAUCUCCGCUGCUCUCCCCGGAAAAGCUUCUUCGAGUGGUUACGGAGGUUGUCACCCGAUGAGAGGGAACAGGAGAGGUUGGAUGAGUUUAUUGAUGAUCCUGACGAAAUACAUACGUACGCGACUAGACCAUCCCGAACUAUCGUGGAGACCUUGGCGGAUUUCAGAAAUACCAAAAUACCCCUUUCUCACAUACUGGAGAUCCUACCACCGCUCAGACGAAGACAAUUUUCAAUAGCUAGCUCUUGGGAUGCACAUCCUGGAAAAGUCCAAUUGCUGGUCGCACUAGUGGAGUACAAGACCAAUUUGAAAGUACCACGAAGGGGAUUAUGUUCGCAAUGGCUUGAUCAGUUGACUGUUGGAAUCAAAUUACCGAUACACAUCUCACUUCCUACACUCUUCUUACCUCCUAAUCCUGAUACGCCCGUCAUACUGGUAGGUCCAGGGACGGGAGUAGCUCCGAUGAGGGCUUUUGUCGAGACUAGAGUCAAACAAGGUGCAAUUGAGAAUACUGCACUGUACUUCGGAUGUCGAUCUGAAUACGCCGAUUUCUACUUCUCGGAUGAAUGGAAGAAAUACGGCGAGAUGGGUGUGAACAUCCAGAUUGCUGCUAGUAGAGAUCAGGAGGAGAAGGUUUAUGUGCAGCAUCUGAUCAAGGAGAAUAAAGAGGAAGUCCAAGAGUGGUUGGUCGAUAAAAGUGGACACGUGUAUAUAUCUGGCUCAUCCAAUGCGAUGCCCAGGGAAGUAAGAGAAGCGUUGGCAUGGUGUAUAAGUAAAGACGGUGCGGGUGAUUUUACUGAAGAGGAAGCCAAGGAAUAUGUGGAGAGGAUGUUUGAGGAGAAAAGAGGUGGUGAGGAGAGUUGGUGA